GCUGGAAGCAAUGGAGUUCUGAUUGAUCAACACUCUAAAUGAAUUCAAAUGCUGAUUUGGAUUUAGAUUUAGAUUCAGAUGGUGAACAUUUAUAAGUUUGAGCCUUGAUAUAUGUUGAUUAUAGUAGUGGGGGAAUGAUUGAGGAAAUGGUAUAAAUAUGAUGAAUUUGGAGCUUAAUUUUAUGCUGGCCAUUACAACUUUCACACAAGAAAAAUUAGCUUUAUAAAGAAUCAAUUCAAUCAAUACAUCUCGAUUUCACAACUAAUCAAAAAUGCCUGCUGCUGUUGCUUCUCAAACCAAAACCUACACUAUUUCAAAACCACCAGAAUACAGUGAAGCUGAAAAAUUAUUACCAGGAGAACAUACUCUUCCUGCUACUUGGUGGACCUCACAAGCUGUUUUUGAUUUGGAAAAAAGAUCGAUCUUUAACAAAGGGUGGUUGUAUUGCACACACAAAUACAAAUUCAGUAAAGAUGGGGACUAUUUUCUUUUUAAUAUCAUGAGCACUGAGUUUUAUAUUAUCAGAAUAGGUGAAUCAAGUUUUAAGGCUUACCAUAAACCCUCUAAGAAGGUUGAUCUAACCAAACCAGUUGACUUGGUUCCAAUUCACACUUUUGUUACUGAUCAAGGUUUAAUAUUUGUUAACUUCAACCUAGUCAAAGAAGGACCUAUUCCAUUUGACGAAUACUAUUUAGGCCUACAAGAGGAAAUGAAAGAAUAUAAUUUUUCAGAUUACCAGUAUUAUAUGUCAUACGAAUUAGAUGGCAAAUUUAACUGGAAAACAUUGAUGGAUGGAUAUCAAGAAUGUUAUCACUGUCCAACUGCUCACCCAGGUUUAAACACUGCAUUCAAAAUGAAUACUUACAAAGUGAUUCCAAAGACCAAUUACUGUCGUCAUUACGCCGAAAUUGUGAGAGAAGACAUCAGUGUUCUCAAAGAAGAGGUUGAUCCAGAUGUUGAGUCAUCAUGGUUUGCCUGGGGAAAAUCUGAAAAAAAACUUCCUGAAGUUCGAAAAGAAGCUAAUCCAGGUGGUGAGUUUGAUGGUUUAUGGGUUUAUCUCUAUCCAACCAAUGGUAUCAACUGCUAUUCUCCAGCAUGGUACUCCAUCAGAGUUUUGCCAAUUACACCAACUCAUACAGUUUUACAAUAUGAUAUCUAUACUAAAAAAGGAUUGGCUGAGAAAGAGAAAAAAGAAUUUGUUGAUUUUUUGCAACAAGUUGAAAUUGAAGAUUUUGAUUUAUGUGAAUUGACUCAAAAAAAUUUAAAUCAAGGUGUUUAUUCAACUGGAUUUUUACAUCCAUUAAAAGAAAGAGGUGUUGUUUACUAUCAAACUGUUGUUGGAGAGAUGGUUAAGAAACAUUUUGCCAUUGAGAAGGAACAUGGAAAACAAUUUGACCCAAUGUACGCUGAUGGUACUUCUUUCGCUUCCCUGAAGAAGGAAACAGUUGAUUUCUCUAGCUUCAGAAGUUUAGGAGAACUUCCAGAAACCUCAUGUCCAGAAUACAACUGGCAUUAAAUGUAUUACCUAAACUUUAGCAUUUUUAUUUUUAUUUUUUUCUCCAUCCUUAUUAAUUCUAACAAUAUUCCAUUUUUUUUUUAACAAUAUACUUUAAAGAAGAUAAGAAAAAUAUAUUCUCUAUACUUUUACAAUUUAUUUAUAAAUG